AUGGAAAAGGAAGAGGAAGGUAUGAUAGCUGCGAGGUGUGAUAAAAGCUGCCGGGUUGCAGUAAUAAGCUCUCACUUUGUUACUCCUCCACUCCCCAUGGCUGAGAAGGAGGCUGCUCUCGCCGCCGUUCCGUCAGAUGCUCCUCUCUGUUUGGUUAUAAUUUUUUAGGACUGAAAGGUCCUUGCUUUUAGGGACAUUAGUCCCCAAGCUCCAACACGCAUUUUAAUCAUCUCCAAAGUUAGAGAUGGAUUAACUGGACUGUCUAAGGCAGAGGAGAGACACAAUGAGAUUCUUGGUCAGCUUCUGUACGCUGCCAAGCUGAUUGCCACGCAGGAGGGUCUUGAUGACGGCUUCAGGAUUGUGAUUAACGAUGGGCCAAACGGAUGUCAAUUGGUUUAUCACCUUCACAUCCAUCUUCUUGGAGGACGGCAAAUGAACUGGCCCCCGGGCUAA